GAGUAGGAAUCGAUGAUCCCGAGCUCGUGCUUUUGAAGAGGAAAAGAGAGAUUUUGAUCGCUCCGCUUGAAAGAUCGAGUUUGAAUCCUUGUUAUUGCUAAAAGAUCUCAUCGUCUUUCCCGGUCUGUUAUUCGAUGUAGCUUCCGGGACCGGAGGAGACGCUUCUGGUGCCGAGGCGCUGAUGUGUGGGUUUCUUCCUGGGUCCCCUGACAAGGACGUGGAUGAGAUGGGUAAGAAGGGGAAGUGGUACUCAAAGGUGGAGCUUUUCUAAGGAUUUACUCUCGAUAUUUCGGAAGAAGCACUAAGUUCGUAGAUCGACUUGAGGCUUUGGAGGUGAGGUUUUGAUCGGAAGGAGUGAAAUAGUCUGCAAAGUUUUAGUUUUACGCGGGUUUUGGGAGAGAAAAGUGCGGCUUUGGAGGUGCAGUUUCGGCGAGUUGCGGUUUGGGUUGAUGCCAUUGAGAGGGAGAUCGAGAUUCUGCCCAAACGUGACUUCUUUCGGACCCAGUCCUUCGCAAGUUAGGUCGGGAAUGUGCUGAUGUCUACCACGGACACGGUAGAGGCUUCGGCAUCGUCUUCAUCAGCUGUAGAGUUCGACCCGCUUCUCAAGGACCUGGAAGAGAAAAGGUUGAGCUUCAAGAGGAACGUAGUUUCGUUGGCAACGGAGCUGAAAGAUGUCCGGCGUCGGUUGGUCUUGCAGGAGCAGUUGUUCGCGAGAGAGACCCUCACGAGAAAGGCAACAGAGAAGAAGGCGAAGAGCAUGGAGGAAGACAUAGGCCGGUUACAGAUAUGCCUACGAGAGAAGGAUGAAAAGCUGAAGGCAUCUACUUCUGCUAGUGUGGAGUACAUGAAAGAUCUGGAUGACUUGAGAUCUGAACUAUCAAUUACUCAAGCCACCUCAGAGGCCAGUGCUGCAUCAGCUCAAUCAGCUCAAUCCCAGUUUUUGGACUUGUUGAGAGAACUAGAUGAGAAAGAUAGUUUAUUAGCUGAGCAUGAAACCAGAGUAAAUAAACUAGGGGAACAAAUAGACCUUCUGCAGAAUGAUCUUCAAGCAAGAGAGCUCUCUCAAAGGCGGCUUAAGGAUGAAGUACUGCAAAUGGAGCAAGAGAUAAUGCAUGUAGUUAAUGUAGCUGGAUCUAAAAAGGAUUGUGAGCUCAGGAAGAUUUUGGCAGAAGUUUCCCCAAAGAACUUUGAGAACAUCAAUAAGCAUCUGAGUGCAAAGGAUGAAGAGAUCGCCAAGUUGAGGGAUGAGAUCAGGAUCUUGUCAGCACACUGGAAACAACAAACCAAGGAACUGGAAGCCCAGCUAGAGAAACAUCGUAUGACUAAUGAGGAGCUGAAUGAUAGGAUAAUCAAACUUGAACUCUGUCUACAAGAAGCACAGAACCAAAUGCAGACACUUCAGAAGAUGGGAAAGAAAAGAGACAAGGCAAUAAGAGAAUUAAGAGAUGAAUUGGUUAUGAAGCAACCAAACUCUGCAUGUUGCGGCAUUGAACUGAGCUUUUGGGAGAAUCCAGGAUUCAGGAUUGUUGCUUCCAUGGGCAUGUUGAUCCUGGUCGCUUUUGCAAGCCGAUAGAUCAUAUCAAACUUUUUUUUGCUCCUUGUAGAUAGUGUUGGAAAUUUGUUUUGGGAAGAGAUCUUUUGUGUAGGGUAUAUUACAAGAAACAAUCUCAUGGACUUAAUGCUCACCAUUUUGAUAUCAAAAUUUUUCUUCUUUUU